UGGGCAAUCGAUAACGGUUGAGUGCUGGGAAGAACGGUAAAUUGCAGUGUUGGUCAGUGCCGUGCCACAGCUGAUUUUGAAAGUAAACAAUUCGAUUUUUUCGGGAUUCUCUGGGUUUUAUGAUGCUGCUGCAACGCGUGUGGUUGCCACAAUUAAACAACCACCUGCGGCACUACGCAAAGAAGUCGAGGCCCACAAUGACGGCCAACAAGCGCAUGGUGCACCAGGAAAUCCUGCAUUACGUAAAUCCCUUCGCCAGGAUCAAUGUGAAAUCCGAUAUAUUCCUUCGCAUCCAACCGGCGGAUGUGCAUCAGUACACCAGUGGCGACGUCUUCAUAGCCCAGCUGCUGGGCGGCCAGGUCAGGAACUCCAAUGUCUCGCUGGACGUGAAGAUAACCGACGAGGACAAGGUGGUCAAUGUGGUGAUCAAGCAACUGGCGGAGCAGCCCUCGCAGUUCGAGUGCAAUCUGCAGAUUCCCGUGCGUUCCGACGUCUCCGUGGAGGCCAAGGGCAAUGUCCGGGUGGAGGGCAUCCAGAGUGAGCUGCUGCAGGUCAAGGCGGCGGGCAACAUCCUCACCAAGAAUGUCAAGGCCACUGAGAUAAGCUUAUUCAGCCAAAGUGGGAACAUCAAUUGCCAGGGCACUUUGCUGGGCAAGAUCACCGAUAUAGAGACACACAGUGGGAACAUUUCCAUGGACAAGUUGCAAGGAGACAACCUAAAUUGCUCCACAAAGGCUGGCAGUAUAGUUACCGACUGUUGCUAUGUGGAGAACUCCAGCUUUCAGACGCAAACUGGACGUCUGGAGCUCAAGAAUGUUCACAAAAGUAGUAAAGUUCAGGUCCACCAGUCCGCAGAACUUAAUAUGACUGGUGUGCAUGGCAACCUGCAAGUGAUGACCAAAGGCGGCAGCCUGAAUAUCCAGCUAUCAGAACUAGUGGGCCACAACAAAAUAGAUGCGGAGAACCUAAAAGAAGAGGCCAUCAUUCACAUUUCCCAAGCCAUCGAGCAGGAUCUCCAUAUAGAAGUUACAGCCUCUGAAGUGAAAUUAGAAACCGAACUCGAGCACGUAGCCCAUGCUCUCAACGAGGAGAAGAACCAGUUCCUGCUCAGCAAUUCGAAUACAAAUAGGCUCCAAGUCAGCAGCACCAGCCGCGUCCGCUUAGGACAGCAAUCCUGGAGCGAUAUGAUGCGCCAAAAGCUGCAGGCCAUUGGCACCGAAUCACCCUAAACUAAAAACACAGAGACUCACUAAGUUACGGAUAUAUAUUGUGCUGCAAGCUACAAUCUCA